UCGCGGUCACCGCGGGGCCGCCGUCUCCGCCCUGCGCAGCCGGACUGUGCUGGGUGCCCGCGGGGCCCCCACUUCCGCCCGACCCUCCCCGCCGUCCCGGGCCCGCCCGAGCGGAAGUGCGCCAGCCUCCCGGGUCCCCCAUGGCCUCGAGGCGGAAGCGCUCUCCCACCGCCGCUCCCCACGACCCCGCGGCGUUCGGUGCGUCGGGUUCCGGACGGGUCCCGUGUGACGUGGCCGCACGCUGGGGGCGGCUCCGGGCCGGGGGCCGGGCUGCCAGGCCGGGCGGGGCAGAGCCGGGGCGGGGCGCUGUGCCGCAGCUGGAUGGCCGGGGCCGUCCGGAGCGCCUCCGCCGCCGUCGCCGCCUCACGCACGUGGCAUGCCUGGAUGUCCCUGCCCUGGUUGUGGCAUGGCGGGACAGAGGCUCCUCUUCCUCGCUGCUCUUGCCCUGGAGCUCCUGGGAGGGGCUGGGGGUUCCCAGCAGGCCUUCCGGAGCCGGGGGGUGGCAGCGGCCUGUCGCCUGGACAAUAAGGAAAGCGAGUCCUGGGGGGCCCUGCUGAGUGGCGAGCGGCUGGACACGUGGAUCUGCUCCCUCCUGGGCUCACUCAUGGUGGGGCUCAGCGGGGUCUUCCCGUUGCUCGUCAUUCCCUUGGAGAUGGGGACCACGCUGCGCUCAGAAGCUGGGGCCCGGCGCCUGAAGCAGCUGCUCAGCUUCGCCUUGGGGGGACUCCUGGGCAAUGUGUUUCUCCACCUGCUGCCCGAGGCGUGGGCCUACACGUACAGUGCCAGCCCUGGUGGUGAGGGGCAGAGCCUGCAGCAGCAACAGCAACUGGGACUGUGGGUCAUUGCUGGCUUCCUGACCUUCCUGGCGCUGGAGAAGAUGUUCUUGGACAGCAAGGAGGAGGAGACUAGCCAGGCCCCCAGCAAAGACCCUGCAGCUGCGGCCGCGCUCAGUGGAGGCCACCAUCUGGCCCAGCCAGCUGCAGGGCCCGGCCUGAGCGCCGUGGUCCGGAACAUCAAAGUCAGUGGCUAUCUCAACCUGCUGGCCAACACCAUAGACAACUUCACCCACGGGCUGGCUGUGGCUGCCAGCUUCCUUGUGAGCAAGAAGAAUAGGUCCCCAGGCAUCUCCUUGCUCCCUCCAUCACAGCACCCUCAUCUACGCCUCCCUGCUGCUCUCCUGGACACGGCCUCCUUCUGUCUCCACCACCGACUGAUCGGGCUCCUGACCACCAUGGCCAUCCUCCUGCAUGAGAUCCCCCAUGAGGUGAGCGACUUUGCCAUCCUGCUCCGGGCCGGCUUUGACCGAUGGAGCGCAGCCAAGCUGCAGCUCUCGACGGCCUUGGGGGGCCUGCUGGGUGCCUGCUUCGCCAUCUGUACUCAGUCCCCCAAGGGAGUAGAGGAGACCGUGGCCUGGAUCCUGCCCUUCACCUCUGGCGGCUUUCUCUACAUCGCCCUGGUGAACGUGCUGCCCGACCUCUUGGAGGAAGAUGACCCAUGGCGCUCUCUGCAGCAAGUGCUUCUGCUCUGCACGGGCAUUGUGGUGAUGGUGCUGUUCUCGGUCUUCGUCGAGUAACUGUCCCUGACGCCCCACCCCCUGCACAGCAAUAAUAGACUCAGAUCAACUCUGUGACCGUGUGUGUGUGGGGGGGGGCAGAGAGCGAGCGAGUCCUCCUAACUGACAAGAGGACGGGGUGUGUGUGUGGUGUGCAUGUGACCGUGUGCAAGACCGACACUGUGAUCCCUUGUGUGCUGGGCCCAGGGCCCGAUGCCCAUGCCUGCCCCCAGCCACACUGCGGUCUUCUCUCCUUGGCCCCCCGUCACCUUGCACCCCCUGGAGUCGGCAGUGAGGAACAGGAACACUGGUCCCAAGCAGAGGCCUCUGCCCACCAGGACGCCAGGAGGAGUGGGAGCAGCCCAAGGAGCCCAGGGCUGCAGGGAGCCCCAGAGCUGUCUCCUGCUGGGGCCUCAUGGGUCCCUGGCCUGAGGGAGUGAACCUCUGCACAUGCACGCAGCCCUGGGCAGCCAGGAACCGAGGCUGGGGUGCCUCCUCUCUGCUGUGUCCAGUGUUCUGGCCCUUCCUUCACCAGCUCCAAGGCCAAAGAAAGGAGAGGCAGGUGCUCGUGUAGCCCCCAGCGCCACUCAGCACUGACAGUCCUACCCCUCCCAGCAUGGAGCCGGGAGAUGCUUUCUAAGACCUUUUCCCCGCGGCUGCUUGCCCUGGCCCAGCUUCUGUUCCCCCAGGGAAUGCUCCCUGGCAACGCCCGCGGCUCUGCCACCUCCAGCUGCCAAACAGCAGCCAGCAGGGCAGCGAGCAGCCCCGGGCCAGAGGCUUCCCAGUCGGCUCAGGGGUGCUCGUGCCAGCACAGGGUCCAGGCAGACACUCGGAGGGCAGGAAGAGGGAGCAGUGGCUGCCACCACCCCGCCCGCCCCCGGCGCGGGCCCCUUUUCCUGUCCCGCUGUGGGCGGGGCUCGGCGGGGGUGGCGAGGGCUGCACACUGUCAGCACUCAGGAAUGUGCUCUGGGGAUGCUGAAGCCAUAAUCCCCAGCUAUUUCCCUUGGCUGACGCCCAGGUACUCAGCUGGCCCACUCCACAGCCAGGCUCCAGCCCUGCUACUUGACCGUGGGCGUCUUGAGAAGUAGCCAUCGAGAGGGUCUGAAUGGUUUUACAGCAGCUUUGCUGUGGUUCCAUUUGUAUCUGUAAAUACCUGUUCCAUAGAUGAGAUGCAAAUAAAUACACACAAACCGGCUGCCUCUGUUCUGCGUCCCAGAGCCCAUGGUCAAGCAGGGCUCUUCCGGCCACCCCGUGCUCCGGCCAGUUUGGCUGCUCUGCGGGCCCAGCUCCCGCAGGCCGCCCAGCUGGUCUCCAUCAUCAUCCCCGCCCUCUGGGCCUCCUGCUUCGUCUCUGAGCUGUUACUUUUGGGGUGCUUCUCACAACAGGGUAUACAUUUCAUGUUUCCCUGGUUUAUUUUGUUGUUAGCUUUUUAUGCCACUAAAACAAGCCUGGCUCUAGGCCAUUAUAGCCCGCGUCACCCCCAAGGGUGGUGUCCUCAUAGACCUACGAACCAAGGGCUUUUUCCUGGCCUGCCCCCUGAGUAAUUUUAACCGCGGAAGGGAGCUCCAUCCACAAAGUCAUCUCCAGGUUUGGCCUCUAUGAAAUAAGUUAUUUUUCAU